AUGUCCACAGUGGCCGAUAUGCCCUAUACUAUUAGUAAUAUUAUGGCCGUUAUCAAUGACUUAAAUUUAAACCCGUUUAUCAAGUCAUUUUGGAAGGUUGUAGAAAGAGAAUGGAAUAACGUUGAUAGUCACAGGUCCUUUGUUAGGGCCUUUCUUACAAGGAUUUCUCGUAAUAGUGGGAGUAAGUCGUCAAUGCAUUCUUUAACGAUAUUGGAAUCGUCAUUAAGUUCAAAGACCCCUGAUGGGGUUAAAUAUCAUCUGUGUGAUGUGUACGUCGACGAAUUGGCUUUCGUAGGAACUUCGGUUAAAUGGAACAUACCGAUGGCACAAUUGUUACGUCCUUUCCAAUCACUUCUUGUUAAAAGUCAAAAUAAGCAUUUAAUAAAUAAAAUAUCAGAAAAUGUGCUUGAAAAAAUAUUAACAGUUAUUCCGAUCG